GACAGCCUGGGGGAAAAAGGCAAACAGCGCUUCCCCAAAUCCUCACACUUUAGCUCUCCUUGCAGUCAGUGGCUUCUCCGGCUCCUGCAGGCUUUUAAGGUCUCGCAGCGCAGACAUGCCUGGCCCCCACCCCCUUCCUCGGUCUCCCCUUUCAGUUCAGAUGUGCUGAUGUGCAGACCGGAUUCAUCUUCCCGGAGCUGCGGCGGCGGAUCGCUCUCGGCCGCGGGGUCCUGACAGCGGCGGGGGCGCGGCGCGGAGCCCGAGCUCCGGGGCAGCAGAGCCGCGGCCGCGGGAAGUUCGGCUGCCCAGAAGGACGACCUGGCCGGAGCCGGCGCCCGCGCCGCCCAGCAGAGUUGACCCGCAGCCGCCCCUGCACGCCGCCCGGAGCAGAGCACCUCACCUGCCCUCCGCCCAGCCGUGGGAUCCCCCGCCAAAGCCCUCAGCAGCCGGGGUCCGGGGCAGCGCGCGCCCCGCAUGUCUCGGGACACCUGAGCGCCCGGGCGGCCGAAGAGCUUCUGCGCUGGGAGAGCGCGGCAGUGCCCCGGCCCCGCGCGCAUCAGCCCCGGCCCGUGGUCCUGUCCCCUCCUUUUCCUCCCGGGGAGGAGGAUGGGGCUGCUCGCGCUUUUGCUGAGGAUGCUCCCGUGGCUGGUGGCCGCGGGGACUCUUUUCUGCGGAGGGCUGUGCGUCUCCGCUGGCCUCGACUACGACUACACUUUUGAUGGGAGCGAGGAGGAUAAGACGGAGACCCUCGAUUACAAAGACCCGUGCAAAGCCGCUGUCUUUUGGGGUGACAUUGCCUUAGAUGAUGAAGACUUAAAUAUCUUUCAAAUAGAUAGGACAAUUGACCUGACAGAGAACCCCUUUGGACAACUUGGACAUACCACAGGGGGACUUGGAGACCAUGGUAUAACAAAGAAGCGAGGGGCCCUCUAUCAACUCAUAGACCGGAUAAGAAGAAUUGGCUCUGGCUUGCAGCAGAACAGCACAGUUAAGGGAAAAGUACCUCAAAAAUUCUCAGGGCAAAAUGAGAAAAAUCGGGUUCCCAGAGCUGCUACAUCCAGAACAGAAAGAAUAUGGCCUGGAGGUGUUAUUCCUUAUGUUAUAGGAGGCAACUUUACUGGCAGCCAGCGGGCCAUGUUCAAGCAGGCCAUGAGACACUGGGAGAAACACACCUGUGUGACUUUCAUUGAAAGAAGUGACGAAGAGAGUUAUAUUGUGUUCACCUAUAGACCCUGUGGAUGCUGUUCUUAUGUGGGUCGCAGGGGAAAUGGACCUCAGGCCAUCUCUAUUGGAAAGAACUGUGACAAGUUUGGGAUUGUUGUUCAUGAACUGGGUCACGUGAUAGGCUUUUGGCAUGAGCAUACACGACCAGAUCGAGACAACCAUGUAACCAUCAUAAGGGAAAACAUUCAGCCAGGUCAAGAGUACAAUUUUCUGAAGAUGGAGCCUGGAGAAGUGAAUUCCCUUGGAGAAAGAUACGAUUUCGACAGCAUCAUGCACUAUGCCAGGAACACCUUCUCAAGGGGGAUGUUUCUGGACACCAUUCUGCCCUCCCGUGAUGACAACGGCAUUCGGCCAGUAAUAGGCCAGCGGACCCGGUUGAGCAAAGGAGAUAUUGCACAGGCAAGAAAGCUGUAUAGAUGUCCAGCCUGCGGAGAGACUCUCCAGGAAUCCAUGGGCAACCUCUCCUCUCCAGGAUUCCCCAACGGCUACCCGUCCUACACACACUGCAUCUGGAGGGUCUCUGUGACCCCCGGGGAGAAGAUUGUCUUCAACUUCACCACGCUGGAUCUCUACAAGAGUAGCUUGUGCUGGUACGACUACAUUGAAGUGCGAGAUGGGCACUGGAGGAAGUCGCCUCUCCUCGGUAGAUUCUGUGGGGACAAAGUUCCUGAAGUUCUUACCUCUACUGACAGCAGGAUGUGGAUUGAGUUUCGUAGCAGCAGCAAUUGGGUAGGAAAAGGGUUUGCCGCUGUAUACGAAGCAAUCUGUGGAGGUGAGAUCCGUAAAAACGAAGGGCAGAUUCAGUCUCCUAAUUAUCCUGAUGACUAUCGACCGAUGAAGGAAUGUGUGUGGAAAAUAACGGUGUCGGAGGGCUACCACGUUGGGGUGACCUUUCAGGCUUUUGAGAUUGAAAGGCAUGACAACUGUGCUUAUGACCACUUAGAAAUUCGAGAUGGGACCAGUGAAAAUAGCCCCUUGAUUGGGCGUUUCUGUGGUUAUGAUAAACCUGAAGAUAUAAGAUCCACCUCCAAUACCUUGUGGAUGAAAUUUGUUUCUGAUGGAACUGUCAACAAAGCCGGGUUUGCUGCUAACUUUUUUAAAGAGGAAGAUGAGUGUGCCAAGCCUGACCGAGGAGGCUGUGAGCAGCGGUGUCUCAACACUCUGGGAAGCUACCAGUGUGCCUGUGAGCCUGGCUAUGAGCUGGGGCCAGACAGAAGGGGCUGUGAAGCUGCCUGUGGCGGACUUCUUACCAAGCUGAAUGGCACUAUUACCACCCCCGGAUGGCCGAAAGAGUACCCUCCCAAUAAGAACUGCGUGUGGCAGGUGGUCGCCCCAACUCAGUACAGAAUUUCCAUGAAGUUUGAAUUUUUUGAAUUGGAAGGCAAUGAAGUUUGCAAAUAUGAUUAUGUGGAGAUUUGGAGUGGUCUCGCCUCUGAGUCUAAGCUACAUGGCAAAUUCUGUGGGGCGGAGGUGCCCGAAGUGAUCACAUCCCAAUUCAACAACAUGAGAAUUGAAUUCAGAUCUGAUAACACUGUGUCAAAGAAGGGCUUCAAAGCACACUUCUUUGCAGCAAGUAUUAACAGAGUGGUGGGAGUGUCCAGGAUAGACAGGGAAUGUGUAACUCACAAGCACACCAAUUCUGAUGACUUCUUUAAAGGACGUGAGCAUGCCUCUGAGUGUGAACAGAAGAUCCACAGCCCCAGCGGUCACAUCACCAGUCCCAACUGGCCAGACAAGUACCCAAGCAGGAAAGAGUGCACGUGGGAGAUCAGUGCCACCCCUGGCCACCGGAUUAAAUUAGCCUUUACUGAGUUUGAGAUUGAACAACAUCAAGAAUGUGCUUACGAUCACUUAGAAGUGUUUGACGGAGAAACGGAAAAAUCUCCGAUACUUGGACGGCUGUGUGGUAGCAGGGUGCCGGAUCCCCUUGUGGCUACUGGAAACAAAAUGUUCAUUCGGUUUAUUUCCGAUGCGUCUGUGCAGAGAAAAGGCUUUCAAGCCACACAUUCUACAGAGUGUGGUGGUCGCCUGAAAGCAGAAGCCAAACCCAGAGAUCUGUACUCACACGCACAGUUUGGUGACAACAACUACCCAGGACAGGUCGAUUGUGAAUGGCUGCUAGUAUCCGAGCAAGGCUCUCGACUUGAAUUAUCUUUCCAGGCUUUUGAGGUGGAAGAAGAGGCUGACUGUGGUUAUGACUAUGUUGAGCUCUUCGAUGGUCUUGAUUCGACAGCCGUGGGGCUUGGUCGAUUCUGCGGAUCAGGGCCAGCAGAAGAAAUCUAUUCAAUUGGGGAUGCAGUUUUAAUCCAUUUUCACACUGAUGACACAAUCAACAAGAAAGGAUUUUAUAUAAGAUACAAGAGCAUAAGAUAUCCAGAGAGCAUGCAUACCAAAAAAUAACACCUCGACCUCUAUCAGAACAUAAAGGAAUGUGAACAAUGGAAAGAAGACAUAUUUUUUUUAAACUGAGGCUCUUAGCACAAAUGUUUUAUAUAGUGAGUUGGAAGAAAAGAAAACUGUAAGAUGAAAGUUAUACUAAUUGUACUAAAGGAGGCGUUUCUAGCUAACGGUGACCAGCAUUACAGGAAUAUUUGAACGCUACACGUGACGCGUUAGUAAACCGGUGAAUGGGUGCCUCGUGCUUCAAGGAAGACUGCAUCAGCUUCUGCUCACCGCUUGAAACAGAUGCCUCAUGAUUCGGACACUUCAACUCUGGGGCCACUACCCUACGGGGUGUUCUCUUUGACUAUUUUUCAUGAUUUGGAGACAUACAAUGAUCUUGCAAGUUAUAAAAUGGAAAAACAUUUUAUCUUUAGCAUAAUUCCUUUGACUUUGUAUCUCUGAUACAAUGUAAACCAGAUCCAUGUAAGGUGAUGUGAAGCGGGAGCCUUGGAGGGUGGUUUGUACCAUGGGUGUGUGUGCGUGUGUGUGUGUGUGUGUGUGUGUGUGUGUGUGUGUAAUGUCUGGAAACUGGAAUAUUUCAGCUUCAUUAUUUUCACUUGUAGGCCAGCUUAACUUCUUUAAAAAUGCAAAUAAUAUUGAGACCACUUCAUUGUACUUUCAUUUUGACAACUUUGAAGUGUCGAUAGUAUCCAUUAAUGUGGUUAAAAUCUAGACAUCACUUAUUUAAUUCCUGGAAAAGGCUCAGAUAAAUGGUCAGCUAGGUUUCUUCUAUGGAAAUGCUGCCUUUUCAAACCAAAUCUAAGAAUUCUGUAAUGUCUUACUAUCUUUAUGAGAAAACUCCCACAAGAUGUUCAGGAUUCUUCUACAUGACAGCCUGGAUGAUUCAUAUACAAAUUACUACUGCUGCUAUUGUCUUUCUUUUGAUGAUAUUGUAUUAUUGUUAUAGUUAUUAUUGUUGAUGUCAUGACUAGUGUAUUUGUUUAAAAAUGGAAUGAAGUGGAAGUGGCCCUUGUGAGAAUUUAAAAAUCUCUCUUCUUUUGUUUUCUGAAAUUCAGUUUAAAAAUGCAAUGUUGAAAAAAGGGUUU